AUGAGAUACAUCGAAACUUCGACUGGAAAAUCGGAAUAUAUAAAUUUUAUGAUUAUAGCCAGAGCGGCCCACGACCGGAGUGUUGUCGCAUUGUCCUCAAAAAAUACCAAUUCUAUCGCAUUCCUGAAUGCGGGGGAUGGACAGGUCAUCGUAGUCGAGACCAAGCUCGUUAACGACGCAUAUAGCAUUGGCAGUCCCAACUUUGGAGCCGGAGGCUUUCGAGCUACAUCGAUUGCACCUGUACUUGGCGAAUUGAUCCAAACGUAUAUUACUGACGCAAGCGGAAAAGUCUGGAAGCACACCUAUAUUCCUGGUCAUGGAUGGAUGAGCAACGAUGGCUGGAAAAGUAACUAUGAAACGGGGCAAUCUCGUCUCUCUGCGGGACAGUGGCAGGACAGCCAGGGAAGCGUGUACACUGCAACGAAAGCGUCGGGUGCAGUCUGUUACAGUUACAGUAGCUAUUUCAGAGAUAUCCCGCCCUCAUGUCGAAACCUCAUUACAAAGCCUGCGUUCGCUUCCGAACUAUCUCACAUAUCAACUGCACAACCGACAAACAAUGGGCUCAGCUCGGUAGUUCAUUACGUAGGGCUAUCCAGUGCAGGGGAUCUACUUUAUGCUAAGCAAUGGUCAAAGAGCGAUGGGACCAGCUACUUUACUCAACAAAAGCUUGGUGGAACAUUAACAUUCGUCGGAGAACCAUUUAUCACUCGUAAAUCACAUACAGAGUUCGACAUUUGGGCUAUUUCCAAUACCACAAAAUUAUUCCACCGAUCUUAUAUCGGUACUAUGGACACCGGUACUUGGACAGAGAUCCUAUCAUUUGAGAUGCGCCUGACCAUAUAUCUUGUCGUAGUGGGAGGAUCUCGGUGA